AAUUUAUUGGAAGAACAGUUCUUUACUCUUGCCUCUUCUGUCAAUAGUUUCUUUUGUACAGAACAGACGUGUCAGGAGAAACAUUAUUGAACCAGAUAAAGCGAUGCCUUACAUUUAAGAUAAGAGGACAGAGACAAGGGUGCCAGUUUGAACUUCAUAGAAAAUAGAUAAUCUGCUUCUGCAGCCCCUUCCUUGUUAACGCCUCUGUCCCCACCUCAGGCCUCGCUUUCCGCCUGUGUCACACGGCGCUGGGCCUGCUGCGCCUCGCCUGCCUGCAGCUAAUGGCCGCGGGGCGGCGCCGGCCUGGGGCUGCCUCCAUCCUGCUGCUCGGGUGGUUGGGCAGCACCACCAUCAUUGCUCUGUGUGUUGCAUCAUAAAUACGAAUGUCCGUCAGUAUGUGUCGGCAAAUCAAAUACAAAGGGGGAGAGGCACGUUAUUUCUAAGGUCCUCCACAAAACAAGUUCCAGCUCCUUUGUGAUCUGAACGACAGAAACGGCCGUACAGAUGGAGCUGUGUAUCUGGAAAUUUCCUCACACCCUGUUUCUCCUGAUGACAUGAGCUAGUGGGAAUGGAGCCAGAUAACGGCCACGUGAGAUGAUGUUAAUCCCAAUGAACACCAUCGUUUUUGAGGACUGCAGGAACCAACAGUCUGUGUCAGGACCAUUGCUUGGACUUCUCAAUGAGAAGUACUUCAGUGAGCUGAGGGCAACUUUGAUAAACAGCCAGCCUGGCAGCAAACGGCAAGUCCUUGAGCAGUGCUUCAGGAACCUCAUGAAAGGAGUUGAGCAGAACCUUUCAGUGGAGAACAGAGACUGGUUCACCCAGAACGUGUCAGUGUUCCGAAGGGACAUGGCUGAGGUGCUGCACUGUGAAGGGGCGGCCGAUGCGGGCAGCUUGGGAAUGAAGAACUGUCAAGGACUGGGGAAAGCAGAGCUGGCUAAUAAAUCUGUUCUGAAAGCUUUGGAGCCCUGCUAUAUUGUUAGAUUUUGACCUUUGCGGAAACUACUUUUUUAGAUAACUUCUGCCUUUUUAUAUCUCUGGUAUAAACAUAAGGGUUUGCAAUAGUGAAAGCAAUGUAAAGUCAACAUUUUCUGCCUUUCUUAGCAAAAUUUACUAUCUUUUUCUUUUAUCUUUAUGAAACGGUGUAGAAACAGUACUUAUCCAAAGAGCAUGACAGUGUACAUGAGGAAAUGGAGGACUACAGGUAAGCACUUUAGGCUCUUAAGUAUGGCCAGGAAAUUAAGAAUGUUGCAUAUCAUAUAAGAGACCUGAUGGAGCUGCUGUUACUGAAACACUGACGGGAUCUGAGUUUCACCAGCACAAGUUUUCCAGGUCCUUGGAAACGUAGAGAGAUGGAGAAACCAGGGCAGAAAGGAGUUGCUAAAUGUUAUGAUGCUGUUUAAACAGGAUAAAAUGCAUCGACUCCUACAAAAAAAAGCAAGCAGAUCCAAAGACAUAUCGCUCAUGCUUACAUGGCUUGUGGCAUGAAGAUGAAUACGUGCAUCUGAACCAGCAAACUCAGCAGAUUUGUCUUCACCACUUAGAGGUGGUGAAGAGCUCCGUGUGUACCAACCAGAAGCCCUCCUUGGGUCUGCAGUACACUCACUCACACACACACACACAGCACUGCUCUGUGCAGCACAGUGAAGAAGGGCCUGAGGUGGGCACAGGGUGCCAGUGACAAAUGAAGCAAGAUCUAACAAGAAUCAGAACUAUUUAAGUAAUAAGUCAAUCGGUUGAUAACAUACAAAAGCUAUUAUGUGCAAUUAGAAACUGUUGGUAUUGGGGCCACGUUUUCUUUUUCCUUAGGUAAAUAAUUGGUUGCCUGUGCAAUGAGGAUACAAGAGUUGUCACUCUAGGUUCUACAGACUGCACAGCUGAACCCGUUCCCUGCUGUGUGCGCAGCCGUGUGUCCAUCUGACGGAUGGAGGUCCUCCCGUUCCCCUGCAGGUGGCUCCAGGGCUCUGGGCAGUUUGCUGUAUGAACCUUUCCGUCACCUCCCAGCCCCACGUUGGCAUUUAGAGGCUCAGAUGAAAGCUUGUGGGUUCUGCAACUCCAUUUUUUUUUUUGUCAUACGGUGACAGUAAAUAUUGGUUGUGUACAAAGUGGCUGUGCUCAGAGACCAGUCCUCAUGCUGGUUUGUUAGCAGCUCUGCUGAGAGCAGAAGUUGGGCAUGGUGAAAAGCAGAGCUCCAUGUGUCCCCAUUGCUCAGUAUUCAGAUUCAGGGCUUGCUUUCACAUAAGGCUGCUGCCCUCUGUGGCACUUCUUGAAUUCCGCUUUUAACAGGAUAUGAGUCCCUUCCCAGAACUCGCAUCUUGUAAAUGGGGCAAACUGGAUACGUGUAUUUGAGCAGCAUUCCAACUUUGGUUAACAACUGACAGCAGGACCUUCUUCAGAGAAGCUGGUCAUAUAAACAGGCUUGAUUUUUGGUUUGGAGAUGGAUGGCAGAAAGCAGUGUAUUUUAUGACUCCCGGUCCUUUGUUGAGAGUCUGUGCUGUCAGCCUGAAAAGGCCACUGGCAAAGUGGGUGCAGCCCAGAUUUUCCUCCUGUGCUUCCAAGGGAUGUGUGAUGGCUGGCUGGUUAAAUGCACUGUUGCCUUAAGGGGGUUGGAGUUUCUUUGUACUUUAAGAAAAAUAAAAACUAAAAAAAUGGAAACGAUGGAUGGAGAAAACAUCAGGAAGGAGACUGCAUGCGGCCCCCAGUGAUUUCCUCUCGAGAAAGCAGUGCGAGUCUGUCUGGUUCUGCUGACAGCUUGGGACUGCAGAACGGCUCCGAUUCCCCCCCAGAUGCACUUUCUGUGGUCGCAGUGAGGCACCGACAGCUGCGCUGCAGGUGAGCGAGGAGCCUCGAGAGGAGCAGAGCAGCCCUGGCACAGGGAGAGCAAAGCCCAGCUCCGUCCUGCUGGCACCGGGGGCUCUGAAGAAGCUCAGCCACGAGCGAUGCACACUUUGUAAAGCAGCUCCUUAGACUUGUUAAUGUUUUAUUGGAGUUUACGAUGACAGCAAACCUUUCAAACUGCAGAGGGGUAACGCGCUUCCUUGCCCUAUUAAAAAAUAAUGUUGGUGUGGAUGUGAUGUACCACAGUUUAGGCGGCCGUUAGGAGUGCUUCUCUGACAGCGUUCUGUUUGAGGUUUACAGAAAGCGUAAUAAAAUAUGUAAGUUACAUUUCUACAAACAAAAGCCAUAACAUAAGUUAUUUAUGAGCGUGAGAUCCAACCCGUAUCACGAUAAAUAA